AAAAGAUGCGAGAUAUUGAGAGAUGUCAACAAUGUCUUCCUCGUUCCAGUCCUUUGGGGUGAAAGCUAGAAAUGUGGUUGUUGUUGUAAUUUACCUUCUUUGUCUCAGCAAUCAGGUCCAAGCAGAUCUAGGACUACUGUAUGCACAGAAUGAUAAAGACUCGACAUCUUCAGGCUUAUUUUGUGUUGCAUACAAUCCUGGUUUUCAUGAAUUACCUAAGACAAGAGAGGAAGCAUUGAGAGAACCUUUUCUUGAUUUGAUGCCACAAAUACUCUGUGAGGAUGGCACCUUCCCAAACAUGCACAGUAAGUGUGUUGCUGUCCAGAGAGGCAACUGUACAUUUAGUGAGAAAGCCAGGAUUGUCCAGGGCCAUCAAGGUAGGACAGCCCUGGUGGUCAGCAAGGAGCAGAAUUUGGACCAGCCUUCAGCUGCUAACAAAUCUGAUUAUGAUUCCAUAUCUAUAGCAGUUGCUGUUAUACGUCACAAUGAUUAUAAGCAAAUUAAGACACUAGGGUCCAAUUUGAGUGUAUGGCUGUAUUCCCCAGAUGGGCCAAAAGUAGAUUACAACAUGUUCAUCAUCUGGACCUUAGCUGUGGGGACGUUGGUCAUUGGGGCUGAAUGGUCAGGAAGAACAAAACACAAACAACGGAAAAAAAGCCGCAGCAGUGAGGAAGAUGUGGAAGGUCAAAGAUCUGAGGAGGAGGAUGACACGUUUGAUCUGUCACCUAAAGUUAUCCUGAUAUUUGUGGUUCUGAUGUGUGGUAUGAUAGUGGCAUUGUAUUUUCUCUAUGACUAUCUUGUAUACGUGCUGAUUGGGUUGUUUGUCAUAGCUUCAUCAUGUGGAUUGUACUUCUGUUUAGAGGCACUUAUGUCUAAGACAUCUUUAGGAAAUUGUAGGAUUCCACCAAAUAAUCUCCCUGUAUUUAAGUAUCAACCAGAGAUCCGUGCAAUAAUACUAGCCAUUGCAUGUUUAGGACUGGGGAUAUUCUGGGCCAUAGAAAGAAAAGCAAGUUAUGCUUGGAUAUUUCAAGAUAUUCUUGGGGUUGCCUUUUGCAUCAAUAUGUUGAAAACUGUAAGACUGCCACAUUUUAUGGGUUGUGUAAUUCUGUUGGGGUUGUUGUUGCUAUAUGAUGUGUUCUUUGUCUUCAUCACUCCUCUUCUGACUAAGUCAGGUGACAGCAUUAUGGUAGAUGUCGCCACUGGAGGCAGUAGUCGCACAGGAGAGCAGCUUCCAAUGGUGUUGAAGAUACCUCACUUGUCUACAUCCGAAUAUACCAACGUUUGCCCAGUUCUUUCUCCAUACUCAUUACUUGGGUUUGGAGACAUCAUUGUACCAGGACUGCUUGUAGCAUACUGUUAUGCAUUUGACUUGAAAGUCCAAAGCAAAAGAAUAUAUUUUAUUUCCACAACCAUUGCCUAUGGAUUGGGGCUCAUCAUAUGUUUUAUGGCCCUGGCAUUUAUGGAAAUUGGCCAACCUGCAUUGCUGUACCUUGUACCUUGCACAGUUGGGACAACUGUUGUGAUUGGCUGGGCCAGGGGAGAGCUAUGUCAUCUAUGGAAAGGGGAUCUGAAAACAAAUGGUGCUCCUCAGAAUUCCAUUCAAGAACCAGAUGGAGAAGGCACUGAGGGAGAAUGUCACCAAGAUAAUCUCAGUGAAGAUGAGACCAGAACUCUCUUAAAACACACAGCCUGAUAAAUUUAAAAUGUCAAAAUAUAUUAAAAUACAGGGAUACAUGAAGCUGAUAAUAUGUAUAUUUCCUUGUACUGCUCACUGAC